AUGGACGUCACGGCGUCCAAUUUCAACCAGUACCUGCCAUGGAUUCUCUAUGAGCUAGCGACCUGUUCAUUCGUUACUAUGGACCUUGAGAUGUCCGGCAUCGCCAUUUCCUCGAAGCACCUGGGUAGUCGACCUCUCCAGAAGCACUACGAGGAAAACAAAGCCGCUGCGGAGAAGUACCAGAUCCUUCAAAUCGGCAUGACUAUCUGCCACGAAGACAAGGUGAACGGAGGCUACAAGAUGAAACCCUACAACAUCUGGCUCAAUCCUUGUCUGGACCGUAACCUCAAUGUCAAUCGCGACUUCACCUUCAUGGGAUGGUCCAUGGAUUUUCUAACCGGCCACGGGUUCGACGCUGGUAAUGUCUUCACCAAAGGCAUUCGCUACCUCUCUCGAGAUGAAGAGGACACAGUCCGCGAGGAAGCCAUCCGCCGUUGGAGUCCGCAAGGUUCAUUCAAGAAUCUUGACGGUAGACUGCGGGAUGAAGCAAACGUGCGAUUCCUUCAGGCCGUUCGUCUCGAGAUCAAAGCGUGGACCGAUUCGGGCAAGUCACGGACCCCGUUCCUGAACAUCCCCUCUUCCGAGAACGGCGUGCCCUCUAAGUUUGGUUUGCCUCGCGAGUUGGAUAGCUCCCAGAAAUGGCUCGUUCACAACUUGGUGAAGGCCGAGUAUCCCAGCAUGAAGACCCGGGGUAUGCCCACCUACGUCCAGAUUGAACAGCGAAGCGGUGGCGCCAUGGACUUUGACGAGCGGAUGAAGGAAAGCAACUUGCGCAUUCGCAAGCACGUGGGCUUCCGCUGGAUUGUAGAGGCGUUGGCUGGAGGCGAUCUCUCGACCCUGGACGCAUCCACCUUCCUACCGCUUAUGCAAGAGGAACAAGACCCGUCGAUCACCGUUGACGUGCUUGCAGACCGGGUGAAGAACCGUCUUCAGGAGAACCGCCCAAUUCUUGUCGGCCAUAACAACUUCACCGAUCUAAUCUAUCUGUAUCAGACCUUCCUUGGGGCUCUUCCCAACAAGAUCGAGGACUUCAUCACCUUGAUCCAUCAUACGUUCCCCAUUCUGAUGGACACGAAGUACCUUGCUACGUUGGAUUUCGACUCUGCGAACCCGUCAUCUUCGCUUGAGGAGUUGAACAAGAGCUUGGCCAAGAUUCGCACGCCCAAGAUCAACGUGGAGGGCCCCUACUCCAAGUACAUGUACACGAAGACCGUCCAUGAAGCGGGCUACGACAGCAUGUUGACCGCCAUCGCGUUCCUCAAAUUGGCGACUCACCUUGAGAAUGGAAAGCUACCCAAAGGGAUGAGAGGCCGACUUGAGGAGAUUGCUUACGAUGUGGUUGCACCGAUCGAUAUUGUUGUACCCGACCUGUUCCCAGAGAAACGUUCGCGUCAUAAAGCUCCUUUCACCAACUUCUUUGAUACGUUGAUUGAGACACAGCCUCGGCCACAGCCAUCUAUCAAGCCCUUGGCUGAUACCGAUGAUGUGCAUGUCCAGCAAAAGAUCAAGAAGGGGCUGUUGAUUCCGCGGAUCAGUGACACUUUCUGGCGCUGUCAUGCGAACAAGCUGAGAGUCUUUGGGUCGAUUGAGAAGACCGUGUGCUGUGGGCCCCCUGGCCAGAACAAGCGCUUUAAGCGCAAGUACAAGGCCGCCACCAUGACUACCGAUACCGACAUAGUCAUGGAAGAUCGAGGAGCCGCUAGCAACGUGCUCCUGAUUGAAGAUUAA